AUGAGUUCUCCCACGACCACCUUUGGCGACCUAAUACCCUCUCCUCCCGGCCACCCAGUUGAUCAAAGCCCCCACCGAGUCCUCCAUCCUGGCUCCUCUCACAAUCCGCCACAACGACCCGCGCAGGCUCCUCGUCUUCCUUCUCCGAGACUGUUUCGUGACUUUUUCAGUGUUAUGUCAGAUGACUCUACCCCUCGAAGACAGGCAACACUACCUCGAGCAGCCAUCCAAGCCAAUUACCAAGCCACGGUACAAGACGUGAAUCGAGCACUGGAGAGUGCGAAUUGGGCGUUGCAAGUGGCACAGAACGCAUUUUAUCAAGCACGACGGCCAGGCCCGGGUGAAGCCGAGGGAUUUGCAGGCGACUUCACAGAGGGCAGUUCGCAGAGCAAUUCACCAGAAGCACAUUACAUUUCUCGGACGACACAUCCUCACGAUAUAAGUUCAGCCCAAAGACCAAGCAGGCUCAACACACUUGAUCAACCAGUCUACGGCCACAACCCUUCGAAUGUGCCAGACGCAAACGAAGACCAACCUAUCCUUGCACUCUUCCCCGUUCACAUGCCUCCGCUUCCUCGCCUGCCUCAUCUGCAAGCCGACCAUAACCGUUUACAAGCGAUCGUCGAUCAAGAAGCCAUCAAUCGCCAGCGAGAAAAUCACUCGCACUGGGAGAGAACGCAAGCCAGAACCAGAGAACGUGCCCAAAGGCAGCCGCAACAAUCCCGGUCCGAGAUGUCUCCUCCUUCUUCCUCAUCUUCCUCCGCAAGGAGAAUCAGACAACCCGAUCCGUCGGCCUCCACAGACCCGACAAUCGAGUCGGUAGACCUUACAGAAAUCGACGACAGCGCUACACUCUCAGCGACCCUGGCAAAACAGCGCGAGGAUGCGAUCCUGUCGCAAAAUCCAGGAACGGAGGCAGGUCGGACACCUCUGACAGCAUACAAAUGUCCUGUGUGCAUGGACACGCCCACGGAUCCUACGGCGACCAUCUGCGGUCAUGUUUUCUGCCACCGCUGCAUCAUAGAUACUUUGAAUUGGUCGAUUCAGCAGAGACGAGAAGACGUCCCGCCCAGCCGGAAAGUCAAGGGUGUGUGCCCGGUAUGUCGCAAGCCGCUAGAUAUCAAGGAUGCCCCGGGUCAGACGAGGACGCUGGUGCCACUUGAGUUGAAGUUGAUGGUCAAGAAGAGAAAGAGGGACGACAAGGGAAAACAGAAGUUGGUCAAGGCAGAAACCAUCAGCGAUGAUGAAGAAGAAGAAGAUGAAGACAAGACAGCGGAGAAGGAGAACCGAAGAUCGGGGAAGAAACGACGUGCGCCCAGCUCAGACGAGGAUGAGGCACUAAUGUGGGCAGAGUUUAUGGAGGCAGAUUGA